AUGGAAGUUUUGGGGAAGGAUUUCAGUGUCGGCUUGGGUAAUGGUAGUGGAAGUGUUAAACAUAGACGACGUUCCACUAUGGAUACGUCCUCGGGGAGUCUGUCGCAUUACCAACGGUAUGCGAUGGUGAUUUUUGUGAGUAUUAAACAGUGCAGAG